CCAACAUAAGACCAAGUGCAGCAGGACCGUACGUCUCAGAAGACGGCAAAAAUGCACCUCACACUCUUUUUCUUCUGUACCUCUUCAGUGUUCUCCAGCGUCUUUGCUUCGAGCAAUGGCGCUCUACCAGAUUGUUGCCUCAGUAUAAGUCCUAAGAAAGUCAAUGUGACAAGUAUUGUGAGCUACUGGCAGCAGGAUAAUAGAAUUUGUCCAGUCAAAGCAAUUGUGUUCACCCUGGAAAAUGGGAAAUACCUCUGCUCUGAUCCUGACUUAGAUUGGACAAAAAAAGCCAUGCGGAAAAUUGAUGAGGAAGCAGAACAGAUGCCAAACCACAGUUCUGGUCUGGCACCAGAUGCUCUACAGGAGAAGACAGAGGGUUUUGUGAAAACGACCAUGUUGCCUUUGACCAGUAGAUGGCCUCAAGUGCCUGCUCGAGUGGGCAUAUCGACCAGGAAGCGCAAAGGAAAACCACGGCGGAUUAAAAUUAAGAUCAUAAGAAAAAAAGAGAAAGGAAAGAACAAAGGAAAGAAGAAGAAAGAAAAGACCAUCAAGCAACCAACGUUCAAUCACACUUCUUCUUUUACUACGUCUUAAGUUUUCAUGCUUCGUCAGUGCUAUUAACCUGGGUUUAAAUCUUUUUAAGAGUUACACGAGUUGAUUUUGAAUUGUGACGUAAGAAAAACAAGAAAUAAAAUAAAGUUAUUUUGUACUACUUACCCUA